GACAUAUGUAUUGUUUGUGUCACUUAAGGAAAUAUUGUGCCCACUUGCAAUAUAAAUAGAGACAACAAAGUUGAUUAGAGAGCAUCUCCAAUCCAACUUGCGAAAUCAUUCACACCAUUUUUGAAAAAAAUCACACCUAUCGAUCGGAAAAAUGUAAAAUCAAUCACCUUACUAAUUAUUAACCACAAGUAUAAUCCCUAUUAUAGCAAAACAGCACAUUCGUCUCCUUCUUCUUACCAGACACUAAAACAAGCAAAAGGAAUCGUUUUUUCUUUCUCUUGUAACUUUUAUGUUUCGUCAUUUAGCAAUUUCUUCUUUAUAAAAAAGAGCCCCAACAUUUGCAGUAAUUGACUCAUCGUUUCAUUUACAACAUUUAUGAAUGGAAAACUCAGACACUGAUUCAGAAGUUUAAUUUCUUUUGGUUUCAGAACCAAAGCCAUAAGUUUCCUUCUUCUUGCUUUCCUCCGAGCUCUCACUCUGCUUUUUAUGGAUCUAGCUCAAUGAUCAACACUGAGACUACCAGUACCACUAUGGACGAAGAAGACGUUUGUGAGAGCUACAUGAUGCGUGAGAUAACCAAGAAACGGAAGCUAACACCAGUCCAAGUGCGUUUACUAGAGGAGAGUUUCGAAGAAGAGAAAAGACUUGAACCAGACAGGAAACUCUGCCUGGCAGAGAAGCUAGGGCUCCAGCCGAGCCAAGUCGCUGUCUGGUUCCAAAACAGAAGGGCUAGAUACAAGACCAAACAGCUCGAGCACGACUGUGACUCCCUUAAAGCUAGCUAUGCUAAGCUCAAAACUGACUGGGAAAUUCUCUUUCUACAAAACCAAACCCUCAAGAACAAGGUCGCUCUUCUCAAAGAGAAGCUGCGAAUGCAAGAGAAUCUUGAAGCUCAGUCUAUUGAGAGGAACAGACUUGGGGAAGAAGAUAGUUGGGUGAAAAGCGAUAACACGCAGUACAGUGAAGAAGAAGAUUUGGAGAAUCAAUACAGUUUCCCAGAGCUUGCAGUUCUCGGAUUUUGUUAUGAUCCAACCUUAACUGCUUCAAAUCUAAGGUUGUGAUAGUCUAGGUCAACGUUCCGUGUGCCUCAAGAUAUCUUCUCUGUCUCCAUCCUUUUAUCUUAGAGUUCAUAUUCUAAGAAAAAAGUAGUAAUAUUUUAUUUUCAUUGAUGGAAUAAAAUAUAAACUACAUUGUAAGUUAUGUCUUAAGUUAUACUCCCUCUGUUUCACAAAGAGUGUCGUUUUAAGAUUUUAUUUUUGUUUC